AUGAGUUCCUACCAGCAGAAGCAGCCCCUUGUUCCACCCCCUCAGCCUCAAGACCAGCAGAGGAAACAGCCCUCCCAGCCUCUACCGAAAGUACCCUUUGUUCCCAUCACCACGGAACCAUGCCACCCAAAUGUUCCACAACCUGGGAACACCAAACUUCCUGAGCCAGGCUGUAGCAAGGUCCCUGAGAAGGGAUACACCAUAGUCCCUGAGCCAGGCAGCACUGUGGUCCCUGGACCAUGCAACACCAGUGUCCCUGAUCCUGGCUGUGCCACAGUCCCAGGGCCAUGCAAUGCCAGCAUCCUGGAGCCUGGCUAUGCCACAGUUACUGGGCCAUGCAAUACCAGUGCCCCUGUGGCAGGCUGCACCACAGUCCCAGAGCCAGGCUAUUCAAAGGUUCCUGGGCCUGGUUAUGCCACAGUUACUGGGCCAUGCAAUACCAGUGCCCCUGUGGCAGGCUGCACAGUCCUUGAAUCCGGCUAUGCAAAGGUUCCUGAGCCAGGCUACACCAUGGUACCAGAGCCAAGCCAGUCCAAGGUUCCUCAGUCUUGCCCCUCAGUAGUCACUCCAAGCCCAGCUCAGCCAAAGACCAAGCAGAAGUAA